UAGCUCUUCAUCUACUAUUUUUAUCAUUAUUAUCGUUAUUUCUUUUGUAUAGACACUCAUAGACUAGUACGACUUUUUUCAUUCAAUGACCUUGAGCCUUUGAGCUCCUGGAACAACUCUUACAUUCAAAUAGUUUUUAGUAAGUCAAUAAUCCUUAAAAUUAUAAAAGCUAUAAAACUACACUACAACGGAUAUUUUACUUUGUUUCACUUGGUUCAUACUUUGGCCAGCAUUAUAAACUCACUACACCGAAAGGAGAAGCACCAUAUUAAGCUCCUAUUUGAAUCAUUUGAAAAGUUGGAGUUUCCUUCCUUCAUAAUUGGAGAGUCUAAUAUCUAGAAGUGUAUAUACAUAGACAAAAGACGUUGGGAUUUCACCAGUAUAAUAUGAAUGUCUUAAGUGUUUAUGAGAAGCAUAUUCUGGCAGAUGAACGCUCCUUUACUCGUGUUUCAGAAAUCGAGAAGAUACUAAAAUACUUGGCAUAUUUUCUUCCAGCCGAGUUUCGCACCAAUGAACUAAGUUCUCAAACGAUCUCUUGUGUUUUAUUAUUGCUACAGCAGUUCCAUACGAAUCUUCUGUAUCGAAAAAUCUCAGAAUUGCCCGAGCAUGAACAGACGUUACUAAAAAGUGAAAGGACAUUAUUCAUAGAACAUUUUAAUCACAGAAGUUCAUUUUUCCAAACAAGUUCUCAAUUAUUAUUUUUACUUGAUAAUUUGUCUCUGCCAGCAGAAAUUCUGACUGCCAAGCUUUACCCCUCAUAUCAAUAUGAUACAGUUCUGAGUGUUGAAUCAUUAAAGCUAUUACUUCGUUUACACCUGAUGUACCAAACAGGCGGGUACUUGCCUUUCAAAAAUCCUCUCCUGACAAGAGAUUUUAAUGCGAAAGACUUCAUCAACAUAUAUGCAACAUACAAAGAUCCAAAUAAUUACAUUACUCUGAAGAAGACUGGAAAGAGAGUGCCCAGAUUGCAUUCUGUCCCUUCAAGCUUUCAACAGCUAAAUCAGAGCACUCCAAAACUACACAAUUUGCUUUUACAAAGCUCCUCAUUCCAUCCUCUUGGAUUAUUGCGUAUUAUCUCUAAUAUUUUAAGAGUUUUUCGUCCGUUCGUAUACAUGCUUUUAACAUGGCAUUGGAAACGCACCCAGCUCAGCGGUAAUUCGUCUCGUAAAAGACCAUGGUUCCCGUGGAUUUUGACACUACUAAUGGAAAUCGCUUCGAAUUAUCUCAAUUCGAAAGAUCGUAAUAAAUCGAGUAAGUCUUUACCAAUGCGAGUCGAAGCAUGGUCCAAUCAGUCAGCAUUUAGAGAUUAUUUGACGUGGUCACUCACCCAUGGAAGAUUUUUUGAUGAAUUUACAAGACAAUGGCUUAAAUGCGCAGUGCGUUGGGUUGAACCUAUUCCUUUUGUAGGGCGUUUCUUAAGUGUUUAUUUCAAUGAAAAUAACUAUAGGUUGGAAAAUUAUGUUUCUUGAGAAACGGCUGAUAGGCAACUUUUCAGGUUGAUUUACUGAAACCAAUUCAGGUGGUAACUUAUUUAUAUGUUUCUUCGCAGCAGUAAGGAAUAGUUCUCGGCAUGGGUUUCUAAAAGCUUUGAAAAAGUAUUUCCAUAAUCCAUACAUACUGACAUUUAAGAUCCGUACGAACUGUUUUGUUAUAAGUAUGAACUAGCAAGUAAAAAAGUUUACUACACAAAAACAUGGGUUCUUGUGGUGUUGAAGAAGGAUAUUUCAUGGAAAUUUGAAAUAAGGUAAACCGUAAUUAUUAGAUGGUCUUCUUUGAGAGUUUGUGUUUUCGGUCUAAAGCUCUAUUCAGCAAGCUAGUCCGGUUUGUCAUACAAGUUCCUUUUAUUUUAUUUUAUUUUGAAAUGACCUUCAUAGUCAAUAAAAUUGCAGUUAAUUGACGA